UUACUACAUGUUAGUGUAAAUGGAUUAUGAGGCUUUGAUGAGAGAGUGUUCUGUCAGAUAUGUUGUCUUUUAACCUUGCUAUAUGUGGGAAGAUGGAAACAACUUUUUGUUUUUGUUGUUUUUUUUGUUGGGGGGGAGUGUUUGUUUUUUAACAUUUACACAUUAGAAUGGCAUUUUCAUUUAGAUGCAACAGGAAGGAAUUUUCUAAGAAAUGGUUUCAUUCAUAAGUUUGUAUUUCCCAGUGAUUAAAUAUAUUAGGAAAAUAAUUUAUUCUUCUUAUCUCCAAAUUAGAUAUAAGCAUAAAAUGUCUUUGACUGAACAUACUUGUUCAUCACUGAAGCUAGUGUGUUUGUUUUUUUUUAAUCAUCCAGCAGUUUAUAGUACAAAACACAAGGAAACUGAUCCCUUCUGAACACUUGCACAAGGAUGGAAUCUUGUGACUAAUACACUAUAAUUUUACUGAUAUCAGGCCUAAUUGUCAUUUACACUAACACCACUUUACAUUGCUCUGGCAAGCCAUGUCUACACUACAGAGCCAAUGUUAUCAUAGCUAUGCUGGCAUAGCUCUUAAGUGCACUUGCAGAGCACACUGAUAGGAGUUUUCUCCAUGUGUGAGAGCGCCACCUUCUUGAACAGCAGUCUAACUAAAGCAUUUUUUGGUCAGCAUAAUUGUAUCUACACUGGGGCUUUUGACAGCAUACCUGUGUCGCUAGGGGAUGUGAAUUUUUCACACUUCUGACACAUAUAGCUAUGCCAGUAUAAAUUUGAAAUGUAGAUCAAGCUGCUGAUCCACUGAAGAGUCUUAAAAUGGAUGUAAAAGUAAUUUACACCCCACUUAAGAGGUCUCUUUGUAAUGCUAGAACAGUGUAAAGGGGCCUUAUUGCAAAUGAAAAUCAGAUCUGUCAUUUAUUACUGAACACCCAAAGGUCAUUAAAACUAUUUUAAGGCACCAGCAUAAAGUGAAAUAAGUCAAGAAAUAGAUCUAUGAAGUUGAAAUGAUACACUUUUUAAAUAAAUACAUAUAUUUGGGGAAAGCAUUUCAGUUCAACUUUUAAGGCUUGACUUCACCCAUCCCGUAGCAAUAUGUAUUAAGAAAAAGAUGCGAGCCUUAAACUUAAAUGUCUUAACAGACAUCAGAUUGUGCAAUAGCCUAAAUGUUGUUUAUAUUUUUUCUGGGUUUGUAUUCCAUUUUUAUAAAAAAGAUUAAGAAAGGUAAUAAAAAUAUGUAUUUACUCAAGAGCAUAGCAGGUUCCUUUGGAGCUCUUAAAUUGGUUUUCAAUGCUAAAUAAUCUGAUCAGCUUUUUACUAGAGUUCACCGCGGUGGGGAGUGGGGGAAGAGGAAACCUUUUUUUUUUCUUUUUUUUCUUUUUUUUGGUGGAAAAUUUCUGAAAUUUCUAAACUGUUUCCAUUUUUCAGGGUUCUAAAUUGAUUCAUUUUUGGGGACAGUUUCCACAGCAUUUUAUGAUGCAGCCUACACGAACGGUUGUCAUGUGUAACACAACUUUCGAUCACCGCGAAAACACCGCCCUGGGAAAGCGUCCAUGCUUGAUAUCGUUUGGUUCAUGAACAUUAAGUUUCCAGUACAGGUAAAAUCCCAGAUGAAGCCAAAGCCCUCUCUUUAUUGGCUCCUGCUCCUACUAUGACAAGCCUGAUGCCUGGUGCAGGGUUGCUUCCUAUACCCACACCAACUCCGCUGACUACACUUAGUGUUUCACUUAGCACAUUGGGAGCUAUACCAGCAGCAGCACUGGACCCUAAUAUUACAGCACUUGGAGAAAUACCACAGCCACCAAUUAUGGGAAAUGUGGAUCCUUCCAAAAUUGAUGAAAUUAGGAGAACAGUCUACGUUGGAAAUCUGAAUUCUCAGACUACAACAGCAGAUCAGCUGCUUGAAUUUUUUAAACAAGUUGGAGAAGUGAAGUUUGUGCGAAUGGCAGGUGAUGAGACACAACCAACACGGUUUGCUUUUGUGGAAUUUGCAGACCAAAAUUCUGUACCUCGUGCUCUUGCCUUUAAUGGAGUUAUGUUUGGAGACAGGCCACUGAAAAUAAAUCACUCCAAUAAUGCAAUAGUGAAACCUCCUGAAAGGACUCCACAAGCUGCUGCCAAGGAGCUGGAAGAAGUGAUGAAGAGAGUAAGGGAAGCCCAGUCUUUCAUAUCGGCAGCUAUUGAGCCAGAGUCUGGAAAGAGCAGUGAAAGAAAAGGCGGUCGAUCUCGUUCCCAUUCUCGUUCAGAGUCCAGAUCUAGUUCAAAAUCCCGAUCUAGAAGGAAAAGAUCACACUCAAAACGCAGGAGUAGAUCACACAACAGAUCACUCUCUAGUCAGAAGGAUAGGCGUAGAUCCAAAAGUCCUCCCAAAAAACGUUCCAAGUCUAAGGAAAGGCUGAAGUCAAGAAGUCGUUCUUGUUCCCGGGACAAGAAAAAAGACAAAGAAAACAAAGAAAAGGUCAAGGAAAAAGAGAAGGUCAAAGAGAAGGACAAGGACCGAGAUAGGGAGAAGGAGAGAGACAGAGAUAAAGAAAAAGAGAGGGAGCGGGACAGAGACAAAGAGAGAAACAGGGACAAGGAUAGGGACAGAGAUAAAGAAAAAGACAGGGACAAGGACCGAGAGAGGGACAGAGACAAAGAAAAGGAGAGGAACAAAGACCGGGAGAGGGUCAAGGAUAGGGAGAGGACAGGGACAAGGAGAAAGUUGGGGAGAAGGACAGGGACAAAGAGAAGGAGGUAGUCCGGGACAAGAAGGAAACGGACCUGGAGAAAGAGGGGGACAAAGAAAAGGAUCGGGAGAAAGAGGGGGAAAGGGAGAAGGUUAAGGAGAAGGACAGAGAGAAGAAGGAGGGUGACAAGGAGAAGGACAAAGUCAAGGAAGGGGACAAAGACAAGGAGCGGGAAAGAGAAAAAGAGAGGUCCAAAGAGAGCGAUGAUAAAAAGAAGAAAGAGAAGAGAUCCAGAACACCGCCCAGAAGCUACAGUUCUCUAAG